AGGGAUGAAUAUUACACAUUAUUAUGCUAGGUACAUCCGGAUUAGUACGCGGAAAAAGGGCUGAUAGGGUACCUCUUCCCUGUUUGCCGGGGAUUUUGCUAUCUAUUGCUGUGGCAGGUGGAAGUGGGGAUGAGGUUUUUUGUUUGCUGCUCUGCAGUUACGAGUAAAUCUGCCCCGCCAUUCCAAACGACCGGUGGGUUGAUGCCAAGACAAGUUCCAUCCCCCCACCCCCACCUUGCCCAUCGUUGCAAGGGCAGACUGGAAGGAGGACUAGAAGGAGAAAAAAUAAAAAUAAGGAAGAUCCCAUCACCAGAGCGAUGUAUGAUACCAAGGCGGUGCACAAAGACUCUUUUGAAGAGAAAUAAGUCGGAAAAGGGAUACCGGCAUGUUCAUGCGGAACUAAACAAGAAUUCAAUUGAGAGAAGCCCUAAAUCCUCAAAAAUUAUUGGCGUGAGGUUGAAUGGCCGGCUGUAAAUUUACUGGGGGGAGCACUUUGUACUUGGGUCCGACAGUCAGCGAGUUGCGUGCAAAAGAUCCGCGCCUCCGUUUCCACCCCACGAGACAAGCAACGAACUUGCGCCAGACAUCUUUCCCACACCUUUCCUCCCAGAUAACCUCUCUCUCUCAACAACCACUACUGCUGUCAUGGCGGCAGCUAUAUCAGCCCUCAACGCGAAGAUUCGCAGUAACCCUGCGCUUAGCUACUUCUGCUCUACCCGUACGCUGUCUCUCCCUCGAUAACCCUUCGGCAUCCUGCCGGAUGCUGAUGCUAAUGUUUGCCACCGAUUAGACUUUUGGGGUCCGGUUUCAAACUUUGGGAUCCCGGUCGCUGCUGUUCUAGAUAUCACUCGCAAAGACCCUGAAAUGUGAGAUGCGUUCCCGCUAGCAUGAGGCUUUUGGGGUUACUGACGGCAUUUAGUAUCUCGGGAAAGAUGACCACCGCUUUAGUCGUCUACUCAGCUGUCUUUAUGCGUUACUCGUCCGAUCCCCUGUUGCCCGCUUCCCCCGGUGUGUAAUUUACUGAUAUGCUUGCUUGUAGUAUGGCUGUCACGCCAAAGAAUUAUCUCCUCUUCGGCAAGAGCCCUUGAUUGAUGUUGGGGAAUUCACGCUGAUUAUCGUAGGUUGCCAUUUCGUCAACGAGUGUGCUCAAUUGGCCCAGGGAUACCGUUAUAUCAAUUACUGGAAGUUCGUUUUUCACGCCCUCUUGUUGCCGAAACUUCUGCUAACAUCAACAGCUACGGUGGCCGCGAGAAAUCACUUGCGGAAAAGGCUAAAGAGGUAUCUGCAUUCACCGCUGCUCCCGUGGCUCCCGAGAUUGCCAAGAAAUAACGGGCUAUUCCUUCUCGGGAGAGUGGCGGGGUUGAGGUCCAGACAUCGCCUGUCAAGUUAUUCUGUGUUGCGAGGGCUACAAAAAAAGGGGCCACAUCUUUCUCCAUUUUUUCCUUUGGGGGGAACUUAUCGGAAAUAUGACGUAGGCCAGGAGUUACUGCUACUGGGUUAUUUUCGUCUUGCCUGUACUCUUUGAUGUCUCUAGAUUGUAUAGAAAUACCUUUUUAGACGUGUACUGUACAGCCGGGGAAUUCGAUGGGAGCAGUCCAGCUUCACAUUCUGAGUACGACAAGGGUGGUGAUCCAAUGCAAGAGGAAAGCCAAACGGCUCAUUUACAAUUAGAAACUCGAGUAUAACCAAAAAUUAGCCCCAUCCACCCAUUUCACCCACCUGUCAACUGCCCGCCUUCAACUGGUCAUCAUUGCACGACGACUCAUAUCCCAUCCCAACUAACCUCUCCUCUCCAUAGAGGCAAACCUCCUCCCAAUAUUACCAAAGCAAACACAGCUGCAAAACAGAACGCUUGCAAUCCAAACCGUAACGCCAAAGCUCUCCACAGAGACUGAUCCCGCAAUCUUGCUCUCGUCCGGGAAAGAGAUGGUUUCCGGGGCCUGGAUCAUCUCCGGAUUGGUUUGCAAAAGGAAAGCUGUCCCAGCAACUCCGACGGCCGCAGAAAGCCAGAAGCCGACGCGGGUGCGGUCAAUGAGAUACCAUAGGAACGGGUUCACGAGCGACAGCGACACGCUAACCUGCAGGGUUGAUUGCCAAGGGAGCUUUCUCUAUAAAACUAUCAGCACGGAUUUGGCAAAAAGAGAAACGAGGGACAGAAGGGCGGAGUAAUACAAUAGCAUAAGCAAUACCGACAAAAGCACCGAUACUCCUGACCGCAGGAUCCCAAUCGAUUUUUGCCCCAGUGCGCCCAUCACCCAUAUCUUCUCCAUCCAACCAUGGCAACAACGAACCCAACACCACACCCGCCAAUCCCCACUGAACAAGAUACCUCGGAUUGUACCGGUCAAUAUCUACCGUAGCUGGUGAGAAUUUCUUGGAAUUAUGCAAAUCGGUAACAACAGCGCCGUAUGCAACGCCGAAGGCGAAUAGGGCGACACCCCUCAUGGCAACCAUAUACCAUGGCACUGGCUCUUUCCGAGUAUGCCCCACGGGCACAUGGGACAGGGUUCCUUUAUUAAGGGCGAAGUCGGCCAUAUCAAUGACAGAUGAGUUGUGAGAUAGGAGAGGAGUGGAGGGCUCAGCGUCCUUGCUGGCAUCGUCGGAGAGGGAGUAGAUUCCGAAGAGUGUCGACGAGGUUAAGGCGAUUGCAGAUUUGGUGCGCUUUGGGGGUCUAGACUCUGCCGGAGAGAGGCCGUCCGCCGGUGAUGCAAGAUUAUCCGAGGAAGGUAGGAGGGGCGAUGGAGUAGCAUUGGGAGAGGGGGAAGGGGAGACCAUCUCGAUCGUUUGGGGGCGGCGGGGAAUUGGACGUGGGAGAGGGAGGCCCGAAGAGGUCGACAUUAUUCGUUUGAAUGGAGAGAGGAUAAGUUAAAGCUUCGCUGAAAUAAAGCCCUGUAUUCAGAUGUUCUGGGUGCACCGCUCGGGAAUCGGUUUGUCGAGCGUGAUUUGUUGAGGAGCGGAAGGAGUCGACGGGGGUGUGAGCGAAAGUGAACGUGAACGUGGAGAAAGCCGCGGAAGAAGCUACAGAGCAGAUGUCAGAUGCAGGUCUCCCUCUCCUGCGCAUUGAAUGCCUACGGCACCUCCUGGCUGAGCGAUAGACGUGGGCAAUUACUGUAUCAUAGGAUGGAAAUGGGGAU